GUGUUCCUGGCCGAGAGCAAUGCGGUGGUGUCUUGACUCGUCUCGAAUGGCCCGCCGCGCCUGCCUCCUCGCCGUGCUGGCCGUGUCGGUCGGGGCCGCCAGAGCGGAGGGCGAGCAGCGGGCAUCGCGGCCGGCCGACUGGAGGGACCCGCUGGCCGACGGCAGCCGGCGCGGACAAGGGGGGCACCGCGCCGUGCGCUUGUCGACGAGGGGGCGGGAGGGAAGCUGUGCGAUGUGCGACGAGGGGAGGAGGAGGAGCAGAAUGCCGACGACGACGACCUUCUGGGCGCCCAUUGCCGUGGCCGUCCCCGGGCCCCGUCUUCGACGAGGAGGGCGCCCUGCAGGAGGCCGCCGCCGCCAUGCAGGCCUUCCAGCUCGACGGGAAGAUACCCAUGCCGGGCCCCUACUGGAUGGGCGUCAUCCUCUUCACCGCCGUGGCUCUGAAUGGCAUCCUGCUCUUCAUCAUAGCGACAGGCAAGAAGGCAAGUGAGCCCAGGUCGGAGACACAAAAGAACAAUUGA